UCAGCCUACCUAUAGACAUCUGAUCUGGGGAAGUUAUUACUGUGCUUUGUUUACAAUAAAUCACUCAGAUGCUUUCAUAUCUUAUCUGAUUCUUAGUCCCUGGGGGCUGUCCCAGAGUCUUCUGUGUUGGCUACUUGCACAAAGCCAGUACAACAUACAGAAGGAGCAUGCGAACAUGCACGCAGCCAAAUGGUUAUCCCUGACAGAGAAAGAGACCUGUCAGGACACCAAACUGGUGACUCCUGAACUACCACACUUGUCAGUUACCUUUAAAAAAAAUCUUGGGUCACAAUCAUUAAUGAUUUACAGAGGCAUAUGUCUGGUAGCCUUCCUCCAUGGGGAUUGAGUUUCUCAAAGGUUCCCAUCCCUGCUUUUUUCAUUUUCUGGUAUCUUCUGUUCCCUCAUGAGGUGCCUGAUGUUGGGGUUUGGUGGACAGGUUCCUUCAUACUGCCUUUUUCUGUAAUAUACAGUAGACGUGGCUAUGUAUAUUCUGUUGCUGAGUUUCCUUCUUUAAGUUGCUUCCUUCCUUUCCCAACUCUUACCAGAGGUUUGAGCUGUUAUUGAUGAGUUAGUAUUAAAGAAGACAGGAUUUUCAGACUCUGCGUGUCCAAGGUGAAGCUACUACAAAGAUUGUAGAAGUAGCCACACCUCUUGAAAUCAAAUUCUGGCCCUUAUAUAAUGCAGACUUUGCACCACUGACCUUUGCACAGGUGGAUAGGAUCUGGUACAAAUAAUCUAAUAAUUAAGUAGAAGAGCAGUCACUUCAAUUUCUCCUCUGAAAUGGCUUGCUCUGCAAGGAUUUUGGGGACAGUCUGGUGCUUUUUUAUCAGCAUCUCUGUAAAUUCUGUGCCACGAUGGCGAGGACUGGUCUAUGGACUCCCACCUCCUUGUGAGAGCCAGAUUUACUGCUUUGGGGACCUGCUGAAGCAGGUUCAGCUGACCAAGCUCUUCUCUGAUGACAAGCAUUUUGUUGACAUGGCAUUGCGGGAGUCUCCAGAAUUAGUUCUGAAGAAGUUUCAGCAGCUAGUAAAUGUGACUCCAGGGGGGAUAUUGUCCAAAGAGCAGCUGCAACAGUUUGUGAAUUCAUCCUUCAGUGACCCUGGACAGGAGUUCGAGCAGUGGGAACCUCAAGACUGGACAAGCAGCCCCCGGGUUCUAGCCAAAAUUUCUGACCAGAAACUUCAGGCAUGGGCAUCAGAUCUAAAUGCCAAGUGGAAAUCUCUGGGGAGAAAGAUCAAAGAUGACGUAGGUGCUCGCCCAAUGUUUUACUCACAGAUUUAUGUGCCACACCCUCUGAUGGUGCCUGGUGGCAGGUUCAUUGAAUAUUAUUACUGGGAUUCCUAUUGGGUGAUUGAAGGGCUGCUCAUCUCUGAAAUGACCACCACAGCCAAGGGGAUGAUAAAGAACUUCCUAUACCUAGUGGAAAGGUACGGGCACAUCCCAAAUGGAGGGCGAGUCUAUUACCUGCGCCGGAGCCAGCCGCCUUUCCUCACACUGAUGAUGGAUGCCUACCUGGCCCAUACCAAUGACACAGAGUUUCUCAGGGAGAAUAUCCAUUUGCUGGAGAUGGAGUAUGAGUUCUGGCAGAGGAAUCGGUCUGUGAGCAUCACAGUUGGGGACAGGAAUCACAGUCUGAACUACUACAACGUUCAGAUCGGGGAGCCCAGACCAGAGUCCUACAGCAAAGACUGGGAGUUGGCAACAGACUUAAAUGAAGAUGCCAGGCAGGAACUUUGGGCAGAGCUAAAAUCUGCGGCAGAGUCAGGCUGGGACUUCUCUUCUCGCUGGUUCCUCUCCUCGCCUCAUCCAAUCUCUGCAACACUGAAGGACACCAAAGCCAGUGCGGUAGUGCCAGUUGAUCUGAAUGCCUUUCUGUGCAAGACCGAGCACCUGUUGGCUUCAUUCUACAGGAUACUGGGAAACACCACCAAGGCUGCCCAGUUCCAGGCCAAUCUGGAGCACAGGCUCGAGGCUGUCCAAGCUGUCUUCUGGAAUGAGGCUGCUGGAGUCUGGAUGGACUUUAACCUCCUGAAGAAGCAGCUAAACCCAGCUUUUUACCCCACCAAUCUGGCACCUCUGUGGACUGACUGCUUCUCGGACCAGGCUGCAGCUGAGAAGGCAGUUCGGUACCUAGAGAGGAGCUCAGCGCUAUCCUAUAAGAACGGUCUCCCUACAUCACUUGCCAGAACUGGGGAGCAGUGGGAUCUGCCCAAUGCCUGGCCUCCACUGCAGCAUAUGGUGAUUGCAGGUUUGGCCAAGUCCAGCUCCCCAGGAGCCAAGGAAACUGCCUUUAUCCUGGCUCAGAAUUGGAUCAGAACCAACUUUGCCUUAUAUAAGAAGUACCAGGCCAUGUUCGAGAAGUACAGUGUGGAUGGAGAUGGGAACCCAGGGACCGGAGGAGAGUACCAAGUCCAGGUAAGACCACGUACUGAAGUCCAUAGGUGGGGAGGGGUGUGUGUGUUCAUAGAAUCUCUCACUAGGCCUAGAGGGCAGGGCCAGACAAGUUGGUAGGGUGGAAGCUGCUGCUGAGGUUCAUUCUCCAUGUGAGUUCCUGCCUUGCAUAGCAGGAGCAUGUGCCUUGUUAAUGCUGCAUUCUUCAAGUGCUUGCUCAUAUGUAUUCCAACUGAGGUGUGUACAUGCCACAUGCGUGGCUGCUGGAAAGUUUUUACCCUAGCUGCUGAGUUGGCUGUGGAGCCACCUGGAGUGGCUCUGGUGCAACGCCCUAUAUAUGACCCAGCCAACUCAACAGCCCCUCAGUUUUUCUUACUGCCAGCAAUGACUAUUGGAAUUUGUGGCUGUCUUGCUUCGCAAGUGCCUUAUUCCCCCUAGUGUGGACGCAUCCUCUCUGGGCUGGGGUGCUUAUCUCGGGGACCACACCACUCAAGCGAUGUGGGCAGAGGAGGGGUUGUCCCUCUAUAUCAACGUGUGCAAAUUUGUGUGUUUAGCUUUUCUCCUUCACAUUCAGGGUUGCUGCACGGCAGUCAUGACUGACAACUUGACUACCAAACAGGACAGAGCCAGGUUGUCCCCUCUUUGCACCAAAGCCUUUCACCUGUGGGGUUUGUGCAUAGCCCACUUUAUUCACCUGGAAGUGUCCUACCUUCCGGGGGUUCAAAAAUCAGCUGGUGAACUGUCUCAGCCAGCACUUCCUGACUCACGAGUGGCCACUUUGACUGGAUGUCCUCCACGCUGUGUUCCAAGCAUGAGGGUUUCUCCAGGUAGAUCUGGUCUCUGCCUUCCACAUUGGGAGGAAAAGGUCAGGACAUUUUCCUCCCAGUUUUUUAUCCAAAGCCCAUGGGAUCAGUGGCUACACUCCCUGGAUGUCAGGAGAGCGCUCGCAUUCUACAGUGAUAGACUAAGUCCUUUAAUAAACCCUCACACCUUUUCAUGGGAAUGGCAGACUGGAUGAAGGGUCUGCCAGUUUCAUCACAGUGCUGCUUCUCCUGAUUAUGGCGUGAUUCCGCAGAUGUUAUAACCUAGCUAAGGUGUCUCUGCUGCCUCUCACAGCGCACUCCACAUGGGUACACGCCUCCUUGGCUGCUUUUCUGACCCACAUUAAUCCCCAGGAAAUCUGCAAUGUGCUCCUUGGUUUGUACCAUCAUGUCACACUCCUAGGCUGUGUCUACGCUGGGCCACUUAUUCUGGAAAAGCAGCCGCUUUUCCGGAAUAAGCUGCGAGC